UUCACCUCCCAGAAGAGUAGUUUCGUCAUUUUCCUAUUCUAGAGAGAGAGAGACUGUAAGGACUUAGAGAGAGAAAAUACUGGUAGGAGAGAGCGAGAAAAAAUUAGAAAUGACCCAGGAGCAAAUCUAUUAGAGAAAAAUAUGGAAAAGUAUAGAAUCAAAUAAUCUUCAUAUACCCCAAUUAUAUAUUGUUAUGAUCUUGGUGGCCUUAAAAUUUUAAUUUGAUCAAGGCCUCUUUGCUUUGCGUGCGAGCUCUCCCUCUCUCUCUCUCUCUCUCAUGCCUUGCACAUGAAUCUUUCUUGGGCUUACAAAAACCCCAUAUGGUGAUUUGCCCUUCUGGGUCCUGUAGCUAGUAAUUAACACCAAUUAAAAUAGAGUUAUGACAUCAAGAACGACUCUAAGGCGAAGGCUGCAUCAUGGGGAUGUUGAUGGAAAGAAACAUGAGCAUGUAGAUGCAGGAAGAGCCGACUCGCUAAAUGAACCCCUACUUGGUGAUGACCGAUAUGGUCGAAGUUUUUCGGAGUUGAUAAAAGCUCGGCUACCCUCAUCGAAAUAUGGUGAUUCUAGCCAUGAAGAUUUCUGGGAUGAUGAGAGGAGGAAGGAACACCUUCAUUGGGCUCAUAUUUUCUCCCAAUUGGUUGCCCAGUGGGCACAAUGGUUUGCAAGCCUUGUGCUUGGUUCGGGUUCGUUGGUAGCAAGGCUGUUACAUUAUCCUUUUGGCAGUCAAAAUGGGAAUGAUAGUGAAAGUAUUCCACUUUAUCUUAGUCCUUUGCAGGAAGAGAGACUGAGGAAUCUGCAGCAGAGGUUGGAGAUUCCUUUCGAUGGCUCCUGUUUGGACCAUCAGGAUGCACUGAGGCAGCUAUGGAGAUUAGCCUACCCCAGUCGUGAGCUCCCAUCCCUUAAAUCAGAGCUAUGGAAAGAGAUGGGUUGGCAAGGCACCGACCCAUCAACGGAUUUCAGGGGUGGUGGAUUCAUUUCACUUGAGAAUCUUAUUUUCUUUGCAAAGAAGUACCCGGAGUCGUUUCAGAGAUUGUUGCAUAAGGAAGAAGGGAAGAGGGCAGAAUGGGAGUACCCAUUUGCUGUGGCAGGCAUCAAUAUAUCAUUUAUGCUGACACAGAUGCUGGACCUUCAAACAGGCAGGCCAAGCACCGUGGCUGGGGUACAGUUUGUGAAACUACUUGCGGAGGACGAGAUGGCUUUCGACCAUUUGUAUUGCAUUGCAUUUCAGAUGAUGGAUGCUCAGUGGCUUGCCAAACGAGCUUCGUACAUGGAAUUCAAUGAGGUUUUAAAGUCGACAAGAAUGCAAUUAGAGAGGGAGCUCGCAUUAGAAGAUGUUCACAGGAUCGAGGAUUUGCCAGCUUACACCUUGUUGAGAAGUUAGCCUUCUCUGUGGUUUAUCACUGUAAACCUGCUGUGUUUUGCUUUUUUACGUGUAAAUUUAUGCACUUUCCAAUUCCAUGAGUAGAGGGGCUCUUAACAUGCUCAUAGUGGCCUGUUUGCGUGGGUCUUUUACUUCUAUUAACUCCCCAGGUCGCGUUUCUAAUUCAUUUAGAUGCCAAAAUAUCAGGAAUUGGGUCUGCUCCUGCUAUUCACAUUUAUCGAUGUGUGCUGUAAAAUCCUUGGCCAGCAACUGAUACUAACUCUCUAAAUGCUUGAGACCCUCUGUUUAUUGAUAUGUUAACGGUGGGAAUGGAAGGUGGCAUUAUGUUGUGGCAA